CAGUUUACCACUUUUAGCAAAACAAUACGGAUGUUCCAACAUAUUUUUCGCAGUACCUUUCAUUGUUUGAAUGUUAAGAAAGUGAUUCAGUUGCGGUCAGAAUAAUAGCGGUGGUGCGGCGUUUUCACUUACAAAAAUUUCACCGAGAAACCAAUUUAGUUGUAAAGUAAUUGAGUAAAAUAAAUACGACCUGUGAGCGUGAGGGCUUGCCUGUUUUUAGUGCGAUAAAUUUCAAUUGAAUUCGAUUAUAAAUGUGUGGCUGUGGGUGAUUUUAUAGUUUAUUCGGAUUGUAAAUUAAACGACAAAACAACAACAUUUUACAAUAAUUUCGUAUGAGUCCUCGCUGCGAGGUGGCGCAGCAAAAUAAACCAGUGAAACGAUACGGAAUUUGAUACUAGCGAAUUACACCAUUACUUGCGUUAAAUGGUAAACUUUUUCAAAAUCAUCGGAACGGAAACAUUUUGAAAACAAAUCUAAUUAACCCUCUACUGAUAUGGGCUGUGCAAACAGUAUGCCGUUAAUGAACGGUGACGGUGGAAUGGUUGACGCAGCAAAGAAUGCUGUUAAUGACACGAUGCAUGCAGGUGAAGAGGUUGUGAAAGAUGUUGGCGAAAGUUUGAAUGGCGCUGCUGUCAGCGUAAAAGAAGCAGUCGUUGGUGCUGUGAAGAGCAUAGGCAACGGAGUUGACGAUUUGGCGAAAGAUGUUGAGCAGAAAAUAGACGACAAAUUAAAGAACACCAAACCAGCCGAAUCUGAGCCCACCGACGAAAAUGGAGAACCGUUAUGCAAAAUUAUACCGUUGAAAGACACAAAAACGAACAGCCUAGAAGAUAUGGACGAAUUGAAGGGUAUCCUGAAUAAAAUAAACGAAGAACAAGUGCCAUCGACCGUGGAAACCGCAACAAAAGCAGCUGAUAGUGUGGUGGAAAGUGUACAAAGCAAGUUGGUAGAAGACGUGGAUGAAAUGAAUCUGAAUGAAAAGACUCCGACACAUUCACUAGACAGUUUGAAGACAAGCACCCCAGAGCCGGAAAUUAUCAAUGCAAUGCUGAACGAUACUUCCAGAACUGCACCGUCACCGAAGCCCACAUUAACCGAGAUGAAAAGUAUUGAAGCAAUGGAUGAUGUGUUGGAUGUAAUACGAACUGUUGAUGUGGAGACAGAAAAGCUUUGAGCUUUAAUGUAAAUGUGUUGGAAUGCAAGCUUUAAAGCGUGAAUGAAAGAAACGACGAUGACGACUUAUUACAUUUUUAUAACAAGACAUUUUAUAGCCCUAAAGGUUGCAUAUCAUCUUUAUGUUAGAAUUCUAUUUAUCAAUUCCAAAAUUAUCUUUGACCUCAACUGCUUUGAGAGAUUCUUUUGGAAAACAGCCUUCCGAAAUCGGACGAAUUUUCUAGUGUAUGUCUCUAAGAAGGUAUUGUACCCUUGAAGACAAAACAAAUUUAAAAAAAAAAUAGUUUAGUCUUUAGAGACUGUGGAUUAUAGAAAACAUGCACUUCUCUAAUGCUUAUUUCUCCGGGAUUCCAGGUACACGAACAUGGUCGUGUAAUUACUUUCGGGCAGACAGUUUUGUAUUGCUUUUAAAAUCCAUCUACGAUAAGAUAUGAGUAGUUGAAAAAAUGGCAAAAGAAUGACAAAGUCUCUCGGUUUCUCUGGAACACCAAAAAAACUGAUUUCUCAUAGUCUUAGCUUUCAAAUGACACCAUAAAAUAUGCAAAAAUGAUGUGUUGAAAUGAAAAUUUAAGACUCACUUCGUCUACCCGUACGUGCAUGUACAGAGAAGAUCUGAUUUUUAAAAAAUCUGAAGGAUUUCAGUAGUCCAGGCGUCCCACUAAAUUUUGCCUUGUCCGAAAUUCGGACAUUUCGGACAAUUUAUAAAAAUUUCGGACAUUUCCUGCAAAUAUUUCGGACAAUUUUUUUACAAUUUUUAAUAAAUCUUAAAAGAAAAAGUCUGUAAGUCCAUCCCACUAAAAACCCCUGAGGUUUUAUAUGAGUUGAUCAGGAAAUACGUAAGUUGAAGUUCUCUAAACUAGAGAAUUUUUUCGAAGUUUACUUUGAUGUGACCUGCAGCUGUACUGAUCAGAAACCUGAAUAGAGAUUCUGAAAUAUUUACGAAUAAAUCUAACCAGGUUUAAAACGGGACGGGUUUCUUCCUUAAUACUUUCAGGCAAAACAGCGCCGAUGAGGCUUUGUAAUUGAUUUGAAGUAAAUCUAUCUGGAAUUUAUACAUACUUUCCUACUCUUGCAUUAAAAAUUCGAAAGCAUACUCGCAUCUAUUGAUGUAAUUGAAACUGUUGAAACCAUACUGAAUAAAUGCUUUAAAAAGAUAUUGGAGUCAGCCAAUAUGUGAUGCAGGGGAGUUAAAGCUUCUUAUUGAAAUAUUUGAUCGGAUAAAAGCUUAAUAACUACUUAAUUAGGGACAAAGUAUUGAUGGAAUGAAACUGCAAUUAAAAGUACUAUGAAGAGCGCCGCAGGCGAUUUUUUUAUUUAGGGGCUUUUAUAGUUUCAAUAUUUAAUUCUGAUCAAAUCUUAAAGAAAAUUUCGGACA